GUCCUAGCCAAACGGAUUAUCAUAUUGGGCGAAAUCGUGGUGACAUACUGAGAUGCGUAUUUGAACAAGCGAUGAAAGCGCAUUUUCGCGCCCUUCACUGGUUCCUCAAUUAUGCCCUCGGCAGUCCCAGUCACUGAACCCACCUCACUCCUGCAGGAGGGUUCACCGCACCGUUCUCGCCGCGUUUCUCUGCGUGUCCUGAACCGGAACAUAGGCCAAGUCGUCCUGGGCAACCUACUCUUCGAAACGUGGUACUACAGUCCCUAUCCCGACACUGUCAUUCUAGGUCGCGAGCACCUUUCCACGAUCAAACACGCUUACACGCCUGGCUCAGCCGCCGAUCUUCGCCAGGCCAAUGCACAUGGCUUAGAACAGCCACAAUGUGACCGCUUGUACGUCUGCCCAUGCUGCUUCCGCUACACGCCGGAUGCGAACGACUUCGCUCAGCACCUGCAAGUGCACCGGACACGACGCGAACAGGGCCUAGAAACGCAACCAGUCCCCGAGUCCGCUUUCAAAGUGUACGAAUGGGAAGGCCACGCUAUCUGGGAAAUCGACGGCGAGCGCGAGAAAUCCUACUGUCAGAACCUCUCACUGUUCGGGAAAUUAUUCCUAGAGCAGAAGAGCGUGUUCUUCGACACGGGGGGCUUCAAGUACUAUGCGCUCACGUAUACGAAGCCUCAAGCGGUUGCGCCAGUCACAAAGGGGCGUGGCCGCAAGCGGAGUUCGUCGGUGUUCGAGGACGAUAUACUCUAUCAGACACAGGUGCUGGGAUUCUUCUCCAAGGAGAAUUUAUCCUGGGAUGCGAAUAAUUUGGCAUGCAUCCUUGUGUUCCCACCGUUUCAGCACCGGCAGCUGGGCCAGUUGUUGAUGGCUGUGUCAUACAAGCUGAGCGGAUGGGAAUGGGAAGGAGGUGUGAUUGGGGGCCCAGAGAAGCCGCUGAGUGCCAUGGGCAGGAAAAGCUAUUUGAGAUUUUGGUCUGAGCGCAUUGCGAGGUUUUUUAUGGGUCAGAGUGCUGACGCGGACGCAAAGAGAGUGUUUCACAGGAAAAAGCAGACGAUCCAUCCACGCAAAGAGGAAAUGACUGUUAGGGAAAUAGGAGAACGGACUGGAAUGCUAGGCGAAGAUGUUGUUGCUGCGUUGAACGAGAUGGGUAUCUGCAAAGUGGUGGUGCCGAAACGAAAGAAGACAUCGUCCGAAACAAAUGGAAUCACAAGCCACGAUGGUGAGCCUGAGCCUGAAGAGUUGGCUAGCAUGAUCAUACAGAGAUCUAGAGUCGUUGAAUGGGCGGAAAAGCAUCGGGUUGACUUGGUUAGCCCUGUCCGGGAAGAAGGGUUUCUGGGCGAGUGGGCAUUGAGUGAUCUUGAUGAGUCUGGUGAUAGCGACGAGGAAGGGUCCGACAGCAACGCCAGCAGUUCUUGAUCAGGAAGAUAAUUGCGAGAACUACGGAGUACGGACUGGCAAUAGUGAUGGGGACGGGUCCAACAACAAUGCUAGCACUCCGUCACCUCUGGGUGCCUCCAAAAUGAACACUAUGCUUGAUUGCUUUGAAACCUGGAGUCUUGGUAGAGUUAACGACAGUUUCACACCACGAUAGCCACUCCCGUAGUCAGGAUAGAUGGCUUUUCUCUCCCCUGCUGGAUGCUGUG